AUGUAUCGGCUGUUGCUACUUGUCGCCCUCGUCGGCUGUUCUCAUGGUAAUUAUCGAGUCACUUAUGCUUACAUGCAUUAUUCCGAAGGACAAAUGUAUUAUAAACCGGUCUGCUUGAAGCCCUGUACGGUGGCCAGGAGAUCGAGAUCGAGUUGGCUCCGCACCAGCUGCGACGAUGCUUUCAUCGAGAACUUCAAGGUCGUCGCCGGUUCCAAGUACACCGACGCUCGCGGCGAAUCCGAGCACGAAGUCGUCGAGACCGUGCAUCAUGCUUUCGGCUCCGGAGGAAAGGUCGACCCGUCCCGAGAACUGGUCCUCCUGCGCGUCAGUCCACCCAUAAGCUUCGACGCUAAGCGACAACCUGUCAAACUCGUCGACGCCGACUACCUGCUCGUGCCUGGCCAGAAGCUGAGCUUCAGCGGCUAUGGUUACACCGACGGUUUCGUCAAAUCGCCGACACUUCGUUCCGGCAGCGGAAACUCGAUUCUGCUUGAGGAUUGCGUGAAAGCUUACGAAGGUCGUUUCGGAAGUCUGUAUCCCGGACUGGCUUGCAGCGACGGCAACGCUACCGGUACCAGUGCUUGCAUCGGAGACUCCGGUACCCCAGUGCUUCUGGAGGAUGGAAGACUCGUAGCUGUGUCCACGACGAGGUACUCGUGUGGAAAGCCCUCGAAGGAACCCGAUGUUCUGGCACUGGUCGCCAAGGUCAGAUCCUGGAUCAAGAUUGUCACGAAUGUCUGA